AUGGGUAUCAAACAAUUGAUGGCCAUCAUCAAGGAUGAAGCUCCUGAUGCUGUCAAAGAAGGAGAGAUCAAAAAUCAAUUUGGUAGGAAAGUUGCUAUUGAUGCAUCAAUGUCUAUCUACAGUUUCCUUAUCGCCGUCCGCUCUGGAGGUGAAAUGCUUACCAACGAAGAUGGGGAAACUACCUCCCAUUUAAUGGGCAUGUUUUACCGCACUCUCCGAAUCGUCGACAACGGUAUCAAACCCGUCUACGUCUUCGAUGGCGCACCCCCAAAGUUAAAGUCGGGUGAAUUAGCAAAACGUUUUCAACGUAAAGCAACUGCUACAGAAGGACUGGAAGAAGCCAAGGAAACCGGUACUGCAGAGGAUAUUGAGAAAUUUUCAAGGAGGACGGUUAGAGUGACCAGGGAACAUAAUGCGGAGUGUCAAAAGCUGUUGAAGUUGAUGGGUAUUCCAUAUAUUAUUGCGCCAACAGAGGCAGAGGCACAAUGCGCUACGUUGGCUAGGGCGGAGAAGGUUUAUGCGGCGGCAAGUGAGGAUAUGGAUACAUUAUGUUUUGAUUCUCCAAUCCUCCUUCGACAUCUUACAUUUAGUGAGCAGCGCAAAGAACCUAUUCAAGAAGUUAGUUUGGAGAAAGUCCUCACAGGAUUGAAUAUGGAUCGCAAACAAUUCGUAGACCUCUGUAUCCUCCUUGGCUGCGAUUACCUCGACCCCAUUCCCAAAAUCGGCCCUCAUUCCGCUCUCAAACUCAUUCGUGAACACGGCGACCUCGAAACCCUCGUAGAAUGGAUUAAAGCCGACAAAAAAGAACGCUACACCAUCCCCGCCGACUGGCCCUACCAAGAUGCCCGCGAACUCUUCUUCAAACCCGACGUUCGCCCCGCCGACCACGAAGACUGCGAUUUCAAAUGGGAAGCCCCGGAUAUCGAAGGACUCGUCAAAUUUCUCGUCGUAGACAAAGGAUUCUCGGAAGAUCGUGUUCGCGGCGCUGCUCAAAGACUCACCAAGAACUUAAAGUCCACUCAGCAAGCUAGACUCGAGGGAUUCUUCAAACCAAUUCCCAAAACAGAUGAAGAGAGAGCCAAUUUGAAACGCAAAAAUGAUGAGAAGAAUGAUGCGAAGAAGAAGAAGGUCAAGGAUGAGAAGAAGGAGAAAGCAAAGGCAAAAGCGAAGCCUAGGGGCACUGCUUAA